CUAAAAAUAAUGUCAGCACUGAUCCAUACGAGCCAUCUGCGCGAUGAAUUCCUUUUGACAUUCGUUUGAUGUAAAACAAAAACAAAAAUAAAAAGGAAAACGAAAACAUCAAAUUAUCACGCACGAUGGAGCAAGAUAUUGAUAAUGUUUUAAAAAGACUAAUGUCAUCACCAACUACUACAGGCUGUUUGGUUGCCAACAAUCAGGGACUUUGCAUUGAAAAACGUGGAGAAAUCAGUCCCAAUGCGGCCGGAAUAGCAACAGCGAUUUUAUGUCAAGCAAGUAAAUUAGAACCAAAUUCAAAUGCACCGAUCGUGGCUCUUGAAACUGGCAAAAAAACGUGUCUUAUUCAUAAGCAUGGAAUUACAGGAGUCGUUUAUAAGGAAGUGAUCAAACCAGGGACUAGAUGAUAUGUUUUAAGUGGAAAUAUUCGAAAAUAUACAUUCUGAAUUACUAACAUA